CAACGUGUUUAACGACUGAUAGCCUCCCGGUUUCUUGCCUCCACUGUCCCGUAGCUUCUACACUCACUUUACUCCAACUUUCUACCAAAAAAGCCUAAGCCAUCAGCUAAUCUCCUUGUCAAUGGCCGAAAUAGACAACUCAAAAUCUCCAUCUUUAUCUGAGCAAUAUUUACUGAAAGAGAAAGAAGAGAAAUCCACCACCGUGGCAAAUCCAGUGGAAGAAACUGAGGUUAAGACCUCUUCAACUGCUCCAUCUGAGGAAGAGACUUCCAAAACUGAGGAAACCCCAGCGGUUAAGAGUAGUGAAGCUGUGCCAGCCACACCUGAAGAAAGCAGUGGAGCCUCUGACUCAACAACACCGGAAAUCAAUGAAGCCUCUCCUCCUGUAGAGGCUGCCAGUGAAGAAAGCACCAUAAGUACUGAAGAUGAUACUUCUGGGAAUGAGAAUCAAGAAUCAGCAGAUGAGACCCCUGAGAUUAAGCUUGAGACUGCGCCUGCUGACUUCCGCUUCCCUACUACAAAUCAGACAAGGCACUGCUUCACAAGAUAUGUUGAAUAUCAUCGAUGCAUAGCUGCAAAGGGUGAAGGUGCUCCUGAAUGUGACAAGUUUGCCAAGUAUUACCGAUCCCUUUGCCCUGGUGAAUGGAUUGAUAGAUGGAAUGAGCAGAGGGAGAAUGGCACCUUUCCAGGACCACUGUAAACCACCACAUAUUUUGGUUCCAACUCUACUGCAUCUGAACUCUCAAUUGAGAAGGGUGUUCUCUGUGAACAAAUUGUGAUCAAUAAAGUUGUCUUUCUAAUGGAACUAGUGUAAGGUUGUAACGAGUGAAUUGUUUAGGAUCCUUAGUCCUUAUGAUGACUUAAAGAGUACAAAUUUCUUUACUCGACUCUUAUACUUGUUGAUCAUCCAGUACAAUCUGGUACACUUCAAAUAUGUUCAGUCGGAGGAUCAACAUAUCCAGCAAUAAAGCCUUUUUUUUCCCA